GGUUUGGUGCCAGCUGUGAAACUGACGAGGGAGCGGGAAGCGGGGGCUCGCUCCCUGUCUGGGGAGGAGGCUGCGAGCAGGCGUGCGAGCCCAAGUGUGUUUAAAAAGCAAAGAGCCACUCCCCACUCCCCCCCCCCCCAGCGCCCAGCUCUGCCCCCGGCUGUCUCCGAGUCUAGCGCGCGGCGAGCCCAGCGCUGGCCAGGGGCACGGCCAGAGGAACGGGCAGGGGAGCAGAGGGGGCACAUGCGGCUUCUGUUGUAGGGCGAGCAGCCCGAAACGAAACAGAACCAGGCAGAACAAAGCUCUGUCACAACUGUGCUUCCUGGUUGUCGCCUCCUGCCUGCAAACCACUGAACAUUUUCCACUUGAUAUCAUCAUGCAGAAAGGGAGAAACGAGACGCAAUGAGAGAUUCAGUUUCUUGUCACUUGUGAUCUCAGAGGUCUCCCAAGGAGUCUUCAAGCAAAAGAAAAUACCAAAAGAUUAAAGUCAGAUGCUCUUCUACAAACUUCCUAACCACUGUCCUUCACUGAUGAGUUAAAAGGAAGAAGUCGUGGAAAGAGAGGAACUACACCAGGCUUCAGAUUUUGGACUAUACGGCAAGACUCUGUAAGAUACUCGGUGUUUUCUCCAUUAGGGCUACAAUGGAGACACUGUCCCAGGACUCUCUGCUGGAAUGUCAAAUUUGUUUCAAUUAUUACAGCCCCCGACGGAGGCCCAAGUUGCUGGACUGUAAGCAUACCUGUUGUUCUGUUUGCCUUCAGCAGAUGAGGACAAGCCAGAAGGACCUGAGAUGUCCCUGGUGCCGAGGUAUCACUAAACUGCCACCGGGAUUUUCUGUAUCCCAGCUGCCUGAUGACCCAGAGGUGAUUGCUGUGAUUGCAAUUCCCCAUACUUCAGAGCACACCCCAGUCUUCAUCAAACUUCCUAGCAAUGGGUGCUACAUGUUGCCCUUGCCAAUCUCCAAGGAGAGAGCACUGUUGCCAGGAGACAUUGGCUGUCGCCUCCUGCCAGGUAGUCAGCAAAAGUCUGUCACUGUGAUGACAAUCCCAACCGAGCAGCAGCCCCUGCAAGGAGGGAUCCCGCAGGAAGUCGGAGAGGAGGAGCAAGACAGGAGGGGCGUUGUGAAAAGCUCCACCUGGUCAGGUGUUUGCACUGUGAUCUUGGUGGCGUGCGUCUUGGUCUUUCUCCUUGGUAUUGUUCUCCACAAUAUGUCUUGCAUUUCCAAGCGUUUCACUGUGAUUUCCUGUGGCUGAAAAGAGUCUGCUCCCAGAAUACUCCAAUGGGAUAAUUAUGGGGUUGGGAAGGUGGUGGUGAUGACAGGCUCGAGUGAGAUGAUGCACUGCAACAUUGACCAAUGACUACAGAAUGCUUGACAUGGACAGCUGUUUUUACAGUCUAAAGGCAGUCCUAAAAGGCAAAAUGUGAGACCUCUCAGCAAAGUACAGAGAAAAUCAUAAUGAGCAUCUGAUGGUAACUGCAUUGAGGAAGACUGCAUGUGUCACCAUCCUCACUGAUCAAAUGGACUGUAACUUCUAAUGAUUUUUAUCAUGUUAUGAGACUAAAGACAUCUAUUUAGCUGGUUAUACUGUAAAAGUAUAUGAUAUGAUCACUCUGUCUUUAAAUGCAGUAGAUUAAAAUCAAAAUGCUAUAUGUAUAAGUAGAAUUAAACAUGAGAAUCAGUGUAAGACUCAGUAAAGAUAGUCCAAUGCCAGUCCAUACAUAUUUUUUUUAAUGGGAGGUGAAAGGGAACUGUAAAAAAAAUUUCAUUUAGUUAGUAAGGCUUUUUAAAUAUUUUAAAUUGCACAUUAAUUAAAAUAAGUUAGAAAGUUGCAUAAUAGUUUUUAAAAGGAAACAUUUUACAAGCAAUUUGUGUUUCGUAUCUGAUGUGUGUUUUGUCAUAUACUUUCAUUUUGUUUCCACCUGUAGUGAAGUGUUCUUUCCAAGUGUUUUGUUAAAGCAAGAUCCAAGCAGAGGAGCAAUAAAGUGAACAAAUAGGGCUACCUAAAAGUGCAGCCAAAGCCCUGUCGUGAAGUAUGGCUUUGAAGUGUAAACACUGGACAUGCUGUUUCACCUCUGGUCUGUCAGACAGGCUUCUCAAGCUCUGGUUUCCCUGGAGAUUAGUGAAGAGAUGGGUCAUAGAAGUGCUGGACAUGUUUCUUGCAAGGACUGGAUAGCAAAUUGAUUUUUAGAAUAUGGGACCAGCCUUGCCUCCAUGUUCAGUCAUAGUUGCAGCUGUGUCAUUAUUGACAGUAACUCCAUGGAUGCCUAGAUGACAGAACAGAAAUUGAGGUCUCAUUGUGCCAAGCAUUGUACAAAUAUCUCAUCUCAAAGGGUUCAUGCUCUACAUAGAUAAGACAGACCAACGAUGGGGAACAGGUUGAGAGGGGAAAGAGACUUGCCCAAGGUCACAGAUCAAGUCAGUAGCAGGACUGGGAACAGAACCCAAGGAUCUUGAGUCCAAGACUAGUGCUUGAUCCACUGGACUAUGCUGCCUCUCCUAAUUGCCUGGAGUCACACUGGUGUAAAACCUGUGUGAGAUCAUAAUCAGGCCCUGUGCCUCCUUUCAGUGAUGUAAACCUUGCUACUCUUAGGGCCAAGUGUGAAACUUUCAAAAGGAAAUGAUAUAUUUUUUACUGCAUGUUGACAUCACAAAGCUCACGUGACUGCAAUUGAUUGCUCAUAAAGGGCCAGAUUAGGCUACUUAUGCUAACACCUCACCUAACAAGACAGUUCAUCACCUUUUGUGGGACUUCUUGCGGAGUAAGGUAUUCAGCAUGAGUAAGGGUAUCAGAAUCUGGCUGAAAGUCUGGAUUUGUUUGAUUUUUUUUUUUUUUUUUUUUUAAGGGUCAGAGUGGGACUUGGGGUAGAAAAAAACUAUUGGUUUGCCUGAUUUGUAUUGCUAGUGUGAAGAAUGAACAAUUACAUAGGUGUAAGCACAGUGAACAAUGACCUCUAAUCUAUUACUAAUAUGCUUUCUAAUAGUUAAUCUGAGAUGAUUCAACCCUAUGUAAUAACACUGGAGAACCUUGUUUCAACUGAGUUAGGCACAUAAAAGAAGUCAGUGGUAUUGCACCAGUGCAACUGAGGAAAAAUUGGUUCAUUAUGAACAUCAUUCUCAUUGGAAAAUAAAAUACAGAGCACAUAUCUUCCUUAGUGCUAGAUUCUCUCUUCUCUCUCUCUCUCCUCUGCUUUAUGUCUGUUCUCUAAAAAAUGGCAUAUAUAUGCCUGAUUGUUAAAUUAUAUAUGUAAGGUUACGCGUGAAUUUAAAGCUCCUGGUGCACUGUGCCUGCCUUUAACUACUGUCAUUUGUGAGGGCAUAACAAAGAAAAUACCCCAGAGGUGACACAUUUGUUACCUCCUUUUAUCUACCAAGAAGAGCACAUGCAGAACCAUAUGCAAUAUGCAGAGAACCUAGUUUACAAACACUUAUUAUAAACAUUAUGCGCCUGGACAUCAGUGAAUGUGGAGUGUAAUAGGAAGGGAUAUUAAUUCCAAACGCAUGCGGUAUUAAAAUUGUUAAUCUGUAUCAUCGUCUUGCAAGGAAAACUGUAUUUACAUCCAUGUUACAUGUUAGCAUGUAAUGGAGCUGUAGCCGGCUAAUAUUUCUGCCUUCAUAAGACUCCAUGCUAGAAUACAGUUAGAGGACAUUCUGCUCUACUGCCUCGCCCCUUGUAAUCAUCUACCCUCGCAGCACGUGAGGGGGGGUGAGGAGAGUGGGCAUGAAAUGCUACCAGAUCAGAAUGGCUGUGCUUGACACCGAUUUUGCACUCACUGAGCACAAGUGUAAAUGGCUAGACAAGAUGCAAGACAGUGGAGUAGAAGGCCCUGUGAGUACAAUACUAAUAAUAUUAACAUUGGAAUGACCAUAAAAUGCCUAACUGAAGCUCUUGACAAAGCAGGUUCUCUUGAUCUUUUCAAAUAAUGUCUCUCAUAAAAGGUGCUGGUUUUCCUUCCCCACACAGAGAGUGUAGUUGGAAGGAUAAACCAGAAAUUAGGUUAAAAUGCUACACUGCAUAACACAUUUCAUAACAGGCAAACAUGGGGUUUAAUCUGGUAUUAAUGAUGUAGGCAUCAUCUGACUAGAACACCAUACUGUAUUACUUAACACAGUGCAUUGUUUGGUUAAUGUGAGUUUCUUAUACUAUUCAGAGCCUGCUGAAAUGCAUGGCUGACCUAACUUCUGAUUCUGAUAUUUGCCUGUUUUACAGUUUUUGUGUGAGUGCAAUAAAUAAAACCUCAACAUUUUUUGUGGGUUAAUGCCUAUUCAAAAAUAUAAUUUUAUGGGGGAAGUUUCUUCUUUGUUUUAGGCAGUGCGACUGGCAUUGAAAUUUUGCAACCUUCAUAUCAUGUUAGAUCACAUAGCUUUAUGCUGAUGAAUGUAGAAAUGAGCUGUAGUAUAUUGCAAUGUACAGUGUUAGACCAUUUCUCAAGUAGGUUAAUAGUCAUACUUUAAAAUGCAAUGUGGUCUAUUCCGUUUUAUAGUCCUCAGUCCAAGACCUGGCAUUCAGAAAGGAGACAGCUAUCUAUGACUAUGACUUUGCAAAAUGUGUUAGAGAAAUUAUUCCCAGGAAAAACAUUUAAACUCACAUAAUAUCCCAGUUCUGCACCAAUUUCAUGCCAAAAUGAUCAGCUCCUGGGUAGGUUCUUAAUCCUUGUAUAUCAGCGACUCUUUUGAUCACUACUCAGUUCUUGAAAAAGGAAGACAAACUUUUAUUUUUUUAUGGCAUAAGUACUAGUUGAGCAAACAUUAUUUAUACUAAAUCUUGCCUGAAGUUAUUUAUGCACCUGCAUUUUUGGACAACCUUUAUGAAGGUGUAUUACUUGAUUGUUUACUGGAGAGUACAGCUUCUUUUAUUUUAAAGGUCUCAGCUUCCAUUUUUAGCUUGUGCUUUGCUGGGCAACAGAAAUAGGGUUCACUUUGUGAAAGUUUGUUCAGUGAAUUUUACAAAUUCAAAAUAUGCAAUUUUGGUAUGUGCAAUUUUUUUAGAAAAUUGUGUAGUAAGUGAUUGAUCAUGCUUAGAUGAUAUGGAAAGAAGCAUAGUAGUUUUGUAAACAGGGAGCAAUCGUGAGUCUAAAGUUUCAUCUUUAUUAAUGAAGGUUGGUAUGAAUAAAAUAUUAGCAGGAAUAGAUGAAUACAUUAAGUGAGUUAUGGUUUCUCUAGUUCUUCACCUUAAAAUGAACAGCACAGUGAGUAACUCAGUGGAAUUAUUCUGUAUUUACACUUGUGUAACCAAAACUAGCAUUUGGCUGUGUUCCUCAAGACAGAUUUUUUAAGUAUGGGCUGUGGCAAGUUUUCAAAAGGGGUGUGUGUGUGUGUUGGGGGGGUAGUAGUUUUGUUGUUGUUGUUGUUGUUAAAUAGUUGAUUUUUGAGUAGAAAUUACAUCUAAUGACUACAGAGCUACAAAGAUUUUCAAGUGAUUUUAAAAUUUGUGAGUGAAUUUAUUUCUUACAAAAGUGAGAUAUUAUUGGCAUUAGCCUGAACAUGUAUUGUGCAGGCAGGUAUGCGUCACUUCCCUACCUGCACCCCCCACCCCCCAAUCAUGCCAGUGUUCCUUAAUCCAGAUCAGCCAACCCCCAUUCCCCGCUAGUGUUACAGGCAUGAGGCUUUUCUUGUAUGGAGGUUAUGCAAGUAACAAAUCCACUGCAAAAUAAGCGAACAGGGUGAGGAUGAGACCAAACAAUUUAUUUUCACUUGUGACUGAUACAUGAUUUGAAUCUACUAUAAGCCUACACUUUAUAUGGAUUUUUUUGUGUGUGUUAAUACCUAUUGCACUAAAGUGACAUUGUGACCUGUUCAUCAGUGAUUGGCCAGAACCAAAAAUCCCAGAUCUAAACACACUUUUGUGAAUUCAAGCUGUAUUACAACACAAUAAGUCAUACAGGAGACAUCCAUAUCUCUAGUAAAUACAUUUCGUGGAAUGCUGGCUUCAAAAUGUUUCCUCUUGCCAGCUGCCUAGGGUAUGUGGUUUUAAAUUUGGGGUUUUCUUUCUUUCUGGGGGGAAUGCAUGAUGACAAAUGAAUCCAAACAUCACCCAGGAGGCUAUAAGGAUUCUUAUACAGUUAAAGCAAAGACCUUUAUGUCUGAGUAUUUAGCAGGGCAAGAUUCUACUGGAAUGCUGGAAUGGAAUUACAGCAUAUUAAUGACCUUUCCUUUCCUUUACGCUGUCCUUAGGCCAGACAGCUGGGAUUGUUCUUCUUUCUUUCUCUCUGUCAUGUUAACAUUUUGCAUGCCAGUACUGACCCAAGUCAAACUACACUGCUUGUUUCACACUUCUCAAAUUGAAUGGCGUUGGCUGACAUUUCUCAAACUUCCCUUAGCAUGUUUAGCAAAUGAGCACUUAUCUGUUGUCUAAGCAGUUGAAAUUUAAAGCCUUAUAAAUGUCCAGGGAAUGCAUUUUUACAGCAUUCAAUUAAUGCUUCUGUAAAUAUCUCUUUAUUUUAGAUCGAAACAUUAGCUAAAUUUUCACUAAGCAGUCUCCUAAACACCAGAAGCAGGGAUUAGAGAGGUUUCACACACAAACACAUAUAUAUUAAUAUCACAUUGAAGCCAAUAUGCAUACUGGUAAAGUGAGGAUUUACAUGUGCUCAUGGGAACAUGAGAGGGAGGAAGGUUUUGAAAGCUGAGGGGAGCACGUGUACACACACAGCGAGGCUCAGAAGAUUAUCUGUUACCUAGGAUUGAGUGAAUCAUUAGUAACCAAGAAUGGACGAAUGCUGUAUGGCUGUAAUGGGGGUGUUGUACACCCUGAGGCAGCUUCUUCAUUGUGGAUGAGUCCACACCUCUUCCUCAGUUCCUUUUGAUAAGCUGCCUCUUAUCCUGUGCUCUGGCUGUUGCCCCCUAAACGGCCCGUCUCCCUAAACACUGGAGUUCCUGGAUCCUGUUGGGACUGCCCAUCUUGUAUCAUUGCUGGAAUAGGUGCUGCAUCCUGGCCUGGUGUUCAGGUGAGGAGCCACUGAACUGCUGCUUGCCUGGGGACUAUACAGAGGCUUCUGCCUGAGGUGGGAUGAGAGGCCCUGAAAUGAGCAGGGCUGGAAGGUUGGGUUUUGAGAGUUAUUAAGGGUUUGUCAAAUGAGAAGAAGGAAGGGUAUUUGGGCUUGGAUGGUGGCUCAUGAAAUUAGUGGGGAGCCGUUACUGUCAUGAAGAUGUCUUGAAUUGUACUAAUUGGGAUGAAGAGAUGCGGAGGAGGGGCAAAAUUGAAUGGAGGGAUGAUUAGGCAGUGGCUUGGAACUGGUUAUUUGUGAUAAGUGGAGACAUUUAUCAGGCACAUUUGAGCUGAAUUAGAUUAGUUAUUUCUGAUGCCUGGGAGUUAGAUGGUUUGUCAUAUCAUAGCUCAAGAGUGAUUUGGCCAGGCAACUUGUAAUUUUGGUUAAUUCAGAUCUUAGACCCCUUUGAGUUUUGAGGCUGAUUAUUUUGGAAGUUAAGUUUUCUGCGUAAUUAAGAAAUUUGCAAAGUGCAUGGGUUGUGAGAAGUCCUUAAAUCCUGGGAAUAGCAUGAGUUACAAGCAUGCUUCUAUUGAAGGACAAAUGUAUGGAAAGCAGAUGGUCAUGUCCCAUUGCAAAAAUAAACUUGACUGACAAAAUUGGCAAGAAAAGUCCAGAACAACUCCACAAAGCUCUUUAGACAUUCCAUGUUAAUGUCACCGUCACGCCUGUUUGAUUUAAGAAGUUGUUUAGUUGAAGACAAGGGCAGUAUUGCUGUACUUCACAUUUGUAUGUAAGAAAAAAUUAGGGUUAUAUAAGAGAGCUGGGUUUUUCUGUUAUGUUUUUCAAGUUGAUGUAAAUAAGGCAAUUGAGAAGGUCGAGUAGUUACUUGCCCAAGAGUAUUUACCUGCCUAUUUUAAGAAUUAUAAAGUGUAUCUUAUGUCAUUGCAUCAGUCUUGAAAAUUUCCAUCACCUAUUCCCAAUUGCAUGCACUGAGUGGUUCUGAAUUUCUGUAGUGGGACCCAUUAAAGAGGGAUUUGAGUCUCUAUCAAUAUCUGAGAACUUAUCCAGCUUGUCAGGUUCUUGACUUCAGAUUCAAAUUUCACUUCUCAGUUCCAAAUCUAAGUUGUAUGUAGUCCCUAAAGAAUUGGAAAUUCAUUGUCCUUUUAUUAUGAAUAACUAGAUUCUGUUUAUUUCAUAUCUCUGAGCUCAUGGGUCAGUUUUCAGUAACAUACAAAUGUUGUAGCUAGUCUUUUUACCUCUGUUGAUGGAAUAAAUGUAGUAAUUUUUUUGGUGAAAGUUUGUGGUUCCACUCCAGAGAAAGAUUAUAUGGAAUUUAAGAAAGUGAAGCUGAUGGGUCGAUGUUGGUUUGCUUUUAAAAUCAACUUGUCCCAUAGUAGAAAGGCUCCGCUUUCUGCUAUGGGAAAGGAAUGUCCAGUUCUCAAAGCAUCUGAGCCAAUCUACUGGCUGAAUUGCUUAUGUACAGUUUCACAUUUAAAUAAUUUGGUUAAUUAUAAUGCUUUUCAAAUUCUAAAAUUUGCUUAAGAAAUAUAUUUCUUUAAACAGUUGGGCUCUGAGUCAGGAAGACAUCCCUAUUUGAGAAAGCUCUUAUGCAUUGAGUUAAAUGCACUUAGCCAGAUGCUUAAAUUCAGUACAUGCUUUAGUGCUUUCCUGCAUAGGGAUGGAUUUAAGCAUGGGCUUAGGUGCUUCUUGAAUCAUGCUCAGUCUUUUGAAUCAUUUUCAAAAGCAUACAAGAAGUAGCUUUGCCUUGAAGAAACUUUAUUUUGCAGCUUAAAAGUAGGAUUAACAGGGAGAUGCUUUUGUGACUGUAAAUCCCGUAGUACAAGCUGUUUUCGAGUAGAACCGGUUGGAAAUUUUCUAAUGGGACAUUUUUCUGCAGGAAAAUGCUGAUUUGUCAAAACUAAAACAUUUUGCAGGAACUUGUCUAUUGGUUUCCGUCCAGCUUGCCUGCUUCAUGGGCUGCCACAAAACCAGGACUUUGAUAGCCUGGGGACCCCUGUUUUUCAGGCUUCCCCAGCUUCUUGAUAGCCUGGGCAGCUUAGGAAACCUCACCAAUUUUGUUCUGAGUAAGUCCAAAUAGAAUUUUUAUUUUAUUUUUUUUUUAAACUAAAAUCUCAGACUCCUCUGGAUUCCAUGGAAAACUUAGAAAUCUUGAGUUUUUGUUCUGAUGCAGAACAGAAUUUUUCAGGGCUUUGGAGCUGUGCUCUGGCUGUGCUCCAGCUCCAGGCAUAAACCUGCAGCUCCAUUGCUCCGGAGCUGCUUCAUGCUCCAGCUCUGGGCUCCGCUCAAAGCCCAUGAAUUUUUAAAAAUGAUUUUUUGGGGUUUUACCAUCAAAUGGGAAUUCCAACCAGCACUAUUUUCAAACAUUUGAAUAUAGAAGCUUGUACUAACAUACCUAAAGAUUUUUUAAUUUCCUCUAAGUUCUGUUUUUAAUUGCCCACUAUACACAUCCUGUAUAGCACUCAACUCACAAAAAAAUCUUAAAGUGACAAAAAUAACAAAACCAUGGAGAUUCUAAUGAUUUUUUCCUGCUGAGGUGAGCUAAGGCACUUACCAAACCUAUAGGCUGAUGUAGCUGAGUCUCCGCUUAAUUCGAAUAGUUGCUAAACUAGUCAGACACACUGAAGCUGCAAGUUUUUUGUUUUUUUCCAUCUGGGUUAGACAAGACAAGACAGUCCUGCUGCAUAUCUGGAUUUAGCAGGGAGAUAAAGGCUGUAAAAUGUGACUACUAGUGAGCGUAAUAUUGUGGUAUACAAAUUAUUGCAACAUUUAGUGUCUUUGGUCAGUCAUCCAGGCAGGUCAAGUAUCUUGUGGAAUGCUGCCAAGAUUAACCGAUAAUUCAAAAACAAAACAAAACAACCAGAUACUGUCUGUGUUUGUUGCUAGUGAUGUUUGAUCCAUCUGGCUUUUUUUGGUUUGGGUCUUUCUGCUUGUCUCUUUCACAACAGAAACAGCACGCACAACAAAUAUUCAUCCUCAUUACAUGAAUGCAGACUCCUUUCUACUGUUCUGACCUGUAUUUAAGCCCCGGAUUUCUUUGUAAAUUUGCCUCACUAAUGAUAAAUUACCCAUAAAUAAGUCAAGUAUCAGAGGGGUAGCCAUGUUAGUCUGGAUCUGUAAAAGCAGCAAAGAGUCCUGUGGCACCUUAU